AUGAAUGAGAGAGAGAGAGAGAGAGAGAGUUUGAGAGAGAGAGAGAGUUUGAGAGAGAGUUUGAGAGAGAGAGAGUUUGAGAGAGAGUUUGAGAGAAGAGAGAGUGAGAGAGUGAGAGAGAGAGAGAGAGAGAGAGAGAGAGAGAGAGAGAGAGUGAGAGAGAGAGAGAGAGAGAGAGAGAGAGAGAGAGAGAGAGAGAGAGAGAGAGAGAGAGAGAGAGAGAGAGAGAGAGAGAGAGAGAGAGAGAGAGAGAGAGAGAGAGAGAGAGAGAGUGUGAGAGAGAGAGAGAGUGUGAGAGAGUGUGAGAGAGAGAGAGAGAGAGAGAGAGAGAGAGAGAGAGAGAGAGAGAGAGAGAGAUGCUUGAGAGAGAUGCUUGAGAGAGAGAGAGUGGAUGCGGCGUUGCCGUCAUCGGCAUCGGCAUCGCGGCGUGCUUUGGUCUUGGCUCGCGACUCAGCCGGUGACUCGGAGCCACUUUCCAGCCCACCACAACCCGCACCUCGCCGAACGAUUUCGGGGCCCGAGCACUCACAACAGCUAGAGGUCACGCGCAGCAGUCGAGGGUCAGGUGGAUUCGAGAAUGACACCUUGGCAUCGCGUGCAAGCUCACAAGCAAACUCUGACAUGCAGCCUGAGAUGGACAGCCCCCCAGCAGGUGCCAAGCUCUUGCAUGAUAGACCAGAAGAUAAUGCGCCCUCAAGUGGGCUGGCGCGCCUAGCUGCCAUGAAGCGUGCGGCCGAGCGACGCCAUCAGCAACAACAACAGCAACAACAGUGCCAAGAAGAGGCAGAUGAUCGCGAGCUCUCGAGUGCGGAAUCAGAGGAUUAUGAGAGGAGUGUUGAAGAUCAAGACUCUGAAUCAGAUCCAGCACCAGCGCCGGCAUUACAGGAGCAUCAAGAGGUCAAGUUGUCAUCAAAGCCUUCUCAUCCUCAAAGACAACGCAGCAGCACAGCUCCAAAAGCUGGGCAAGGGACCGUUGACGACAUCCUGCGUCUUUUGCACGAUGCUUCCUCACCGAGCAACCUUGCCCUGUCUCCUGUACCCAUGGUGGCUGGACAAGAGCCUCGCCAUGCACAAGGUCCAGAUCAAUCAACGCCUGGAAGCGGAGCAGGCUCUUCACCGCAAGUGUUCGACCCGUCAGCCGCAGCUCCUCACAACCGCGAGCCAUUUGUCGACGAAUAUGGCAUACACGAGCUACUGGCAAGGCACGCUACAGAGCCUUCUAUCCAGUUCGAUCAGACGCCAGAGCGAUAUGCAACUUUGGCCUCGGGCGUGACCAACAUGGUUCGUCAGCAGCAGCAGCGUCUUGAGGAACAAAAUAAGCGCAUUCAUCACCUGGAACGGAUGCUCCAACAACACCAUCAACAGCAACAACGACAACGCAGAAAUGGUGCCGAUGAUGCUUCAGCAGGAAAGGCAGCAAUGGGGUCCGAGACCGUGGCAGAGCAUCAGGCUACUAUCAAGCGCCACUUGCAAUUUAUAGACCAACUUCUAGAAGAGAAGCGUGAUCUCGCAGAUCAAUGUGCUCAACUUGCUCAAACGGUGCAAGACAUGUCCAGCAAAGCCGAGCGCAAACUGACUGCGAUGGCUCAACAGCGCAAACAAGAACUGGCGCGAACUAAAGCGACUUUGAAAGAAGAAGAUCGACGCAAGCGAGAGCAUUGGAUUGCCAAGGAAAAACAAAAAAUAAAAGAGCUGACUAUAAAAGGCAUGGAGCCCGAACUUCAGCGAAUGUUGCGUCAGCACGACGCCGAGAUAUCGCGGUUGAAACAGUCGCACGUAGCCGAGUUGGAGCGCCUUGAGACAUCCCAUGCUGAAGCAUUAGUCAGGGAGCGUGAGGCUGCGCGCCGUGCCACCGAACAAGAGCGCGAACGAUAUCAAGAGCAGCAAUUGGCUGCUGUUCGAGAAAAGUACCAGUUACAGAUUCAGAAAGACGAACAAUACUACCAAGAACAGCGUCGCCAAUGGCAAGCAGAGCUUGAUCGAGUUCGUUCAGAUCACAACGUCGCUCUGCAGGCCGAACAAGCUCGCCAACAGGAGCAGAUGGAACGUUGGCGUCAAGAAGAACGAAUCACCACUGAGGCCUUGGUUGCAGAUUUGAAGGAACAACUGGCUCAGAAGCAGGAGGAGUAUGAGACAGCCCUGAGAGCCAAGGUUGAGCAGUUUCAGCUUGAAAAGCAGACUUGGGAGGACAUGAUGCAAAGAAAACAGGCACUGGAGGCUGCCCGCAAGGAGGAAGAAUUGCGGGAUCAAAUGCGGCUGCAACGCGACCGAGAAAUUGAACAAGUGGUCACUCGUUUGGCCGAGGAACAGAAACGACGGGAGGAUGAUUUGCGUGCUCAAUAUGAAAAGCAGCAACAGAAGCUGCAGAGACGAUACGAAGAGCAGCUCCGCGAUCUUGAAAAUGCCGAAGGCAAGGCUUUGGCUACAGUAUCCGACCACAAGCGCGCGGCAGCCACUCACGCCGAGCGCGUGCAAGAGUUGGAGGGAAGGGUCGAGGGUCUACAGUCUGCCAACGCCACAUUACACGACGAACUCAAAGCCCUUCGUGCGCAGGAGCAUGGCUUUUUAGAGACUGCGCGUGCAGAAUGCCAGGAUGAGCUAACAGCAUUGCGCUCACAGGUCACCUCACUCGGCCAGCAGCUGCUCGAAAGUCAGGUCGCUGCGUCUCAGCAGGUGACUCGAAUCCAAAGCCAGCACGAUGAGCAGCUUCAAGAUGUGAAGCGGCGGAUACAUGCCACUUUGGCAGAAAAAGAUGAGCGCUUGCAAAAUCUGUCCCAACAAAACCAAAGUUUACAGCGACGAUUAGCUGAGCUGACUCACCUUCUGGAACAAGUCCAACAUUUGGGAGCCGGUGAAGUUGCUCUAUCUAGUUCCGACCUAGCUGACGGCGAGGGCCACUCGGCCUCUGAUGGUCACGCGCCCGACUCUGCGCUCUAG